AGUGUCCGGACUGGAAGGGGGGGAAAGUUUUCGGACUGGAAGGGGGUGAAAGUGUCCGGACUGGAAGAGGGGGAAAGUGUCCGGAGUGGAAGGGGGGGAAAGUGUCCGGACUGGAAGGGGGUGAAAGUGUCCGGACUGGAAGGGGGUGAAAGCGUCCGGACUGGAAGGGGGUGAAAGCGUCCGGACUGGAAGGGGGGUGAAAGUGUCCGGACUGGAAGGGGGUGAAAGUGUCCGGACUGGAAGGGGGUGAAAGUGUCCGGACUGGAAGGGGGGGAAAGUGUCCGGACUGGAAGGGGGUGAAAGUGUCCGGACU